AUGGCCUCCACACAAUCCGUCCAAUGUUUCGGAAAGAAGAAGACAGCAACCGCUGUCGCACACUGCCGCGCCGGAAAGGGACUUGUUAAGGUCAACGGAAAGCCUCUUAACCUCGUCCAACCAGAGAUCUUGCGAUUCAAGGUCUACGAGCCCCUCCUCAUUGUUGGUCUUGAGAAAUUCGCCAACGUCGAUAUUCGCGUCCGAGUCACAGGUGGUGGUCACACAUCCCAGGUCUACGCCAUCAGACAGGCCAUCUCCAAAUCAAUCGUCGCCUACUACCAAAAAUUCGUUGAUGAGCACUCCAAAAACACAUUGAAGCAGCAGCUUGUCCAGUAUGACCGAACACUGUUGGUUGCGGAUAACAGACGGUGCGAGCCUAAGAAGUUUGGAGGACCCGGAGCCAGAGCCAGAUACCAAAAGUCUUACCGUUAA